AUGUUCGCUCGUCAGGCGCUCAAGCAGCUGUGGUCGUCGUCGUCCGUCCCAACGACCCGCAGCUUCGCCGUGCUAACGGUCGAUACGAUCAACCCCAAUAUAGUCAAGGCCGAGUAUGCUGUUCGUGGUGCACUGGUUCUGCGCUCGAACGAGUACGUGAGUCAACUGGCUCGGGGUGACACAUCGCUGCCCUUUGAUAAGGUCAUUCCGUGCAAUAUUGGGAACCCCCAGGUGCUCGAGCAAGAGCCAAUCGAGUUCCACCGCCAAGUCCUGGCGCUCGUCAAUGUACCGGGUCUCGUGGACAAGCCCGAGGCACAGAAGCUCUUCCAACCGGACGCUAUUGCUCGUGCCAAGUUUUACAUUGACAACAUCGCUGGCGGGACGGGUGCUUAUGGACACAGCAAAGGCUCAGCUGUCGUGCGGGAGGAGGUCACACGCUUCCUUCAGCGUCGCGACGGCCACUCUGCUGACCCGGAAGACAUCUACCUCACCGACGGUGCAAGUCCGGCGGUGCAGAACUCGCUGCUGGCUUUGAUCCGCAACGAAAACGACGCGAUUUUGGCCCCUAUUCCACAGUACCCAUUGUACUCGGCAGCUAUCGCCAUCAAUGGCGGUACAUUGGUGGGAUAUUACUUGGAUGAAUCGAACACUUGGGGUCUUGACGUGAAGGAACUGGCGCGGGCUGUGAAGGAAGCUCGAGAUGCAGGGAAGACUGUGCGUGCAAUGGCUGUGAUCAACCCUGGCAACCCCACGGGUCAGUGUUUGGCAUUAGAGAAUAUUGAGGCAAUCAUCAAGUUCUGCAAGCAGGAAAACAUCUUGAUUAUGGCGGAUGAGGUGUACCAGGAGAACGUGUACGCAGAAGGUAAGAAGUUCCUGUCGUUCAAGAAGGUGCUGCGUGACAUGGGCAGCGCUUACGACGACGUGGAGCUCAUUUCGUUCCACUCGACGUCCAAGGGGUUCACUGGCGAGUGUGGUCGUCGCGGUGGCUACAUGGAGCUGGUGAACAUUGAUGCGGGUGUCAAGGAACAGUUCUACAAGCUCAUGUCGGUGAACUUGUGCUCGAACAUUGAGGGCCAGUUGAUGGUGGGAAUGAUGACCAACCCGCCGCAGCCGGGUGAUGCAUCGUACGAUCGGUACGUCGAGCAGCGUGAUGGCAUUCUCGGGUCGCUGAAGCGCCGUGCCGUGAAGAUCGUGAAAGCCUUCAACGAGCUCGAGGGUGUCACGUGCAAUGAGACCGAGGGUGCAAUGUAUACGUUCCCCAAUGUCACGCUUCCGGUCAAGGCUGUCGAGGCCGCGAAGGAUGCCGGGAUGGCGCCUGACGCGUUCUACUGCAUGCAGAUGCUGGAUAGCACGGGGAUUGUGGUCGUGCCUGGCUCGGGUUUCGGCCAGAAGGAGGGUACGUGGCACUUCCGGUCAACGAUUUUGCCACCUGAGGAGGCUGUGGACGAGGUGAUUGAGAAGACGUCCAAGUUCCACGCCAAGUUCAUGGACAAGUACCGGUAG